AUUUUAAGACAUUUGAGGUUAUGUUUCCUUCUCCACAAAAAGAUACAUAACAAACUCUUAAGAAAUUAGGAAACAUACGAACAGUAACCAUGCUAAGCGCGAUUAGAAAUACGUUGCGGGUCCCCUUGAUAAGCGCGGCGCGUAUGUUCCAAACCUCAGCUCCGCUGGAGACGGAGAAAUUCGACCACAAACGUAUACCAGCCACUGAUGAAGGCGUCCAGGGAGAGAAGAUCGUAGAUUUGGACGCUGUGCUUAAACAGAAACAGAACCUAUUCCCAACCCUAGAAUCAGACGAUCAGCUAUUCGACGGGACGCCAUACAAGCAGCUGCCGAUCUGCAACAUCCGCGUCAGCCACAACAACACCAUUGUCACCAUGACCGACCACCUCGGGGCCGUGAAGAUAAUCAAGUCCUGUGGCAUGGAAGGGUUCAAGAAUACUAAGAAGGGGACCAAUAUUGCUGCACAGACUACAGCUAUUAGUUUAGCUACAAAAGCAAUUGACAGAGGCUACAAGACAAUCAGAGUAAGAGUGAGAGGCCUGGGACCAGGUAGACUGGCUGCAAUAAAGGGCCUCCAGAUGGGAGGGCUGCAGGUCGUCUCCGUCACGGACGCCACCCCCGUCUCGUGCAACCCCCCGCGCCCGAGGAAGGCUAGGCGACUUUAAUAUAGCACUUAUAUUAGAUUACGUUGUAGUAUGCAUAUUGAAAAUAUUGUUUUCACCACACCAGCUCGGAAAGGCUUACUUUGCACUUCAAAAACUGAUAGCAAAGUUGCAUUUUAUUCACAUGUGAGGCAAAGUAAUCAAAUGCAAAUUUUGAGUUGUUUUCUUAUGUUUGUUGGUAGAAUUGACUUUUAAAUGAUGAUUUUGGAUGAUUAAUAUUUAAUAACAUUCAUUUGAAUUUGAUUUUGUUUGAUAUUUUACAUUUAAUAUUUGCUUCGGGUUGGUGUGGUGAAAAAUUUUGUGUUUCACUCGGGGGCAAAUUUUGUUUAACCCUCGUGCUUUGAAACCCUCGCAACGCUCAAGAUUCCAUUUUUCGAACCACUCGCUACGCUCGUGGUUCAAUUUUGGAAUCUUUCGCUUGCUCGGGUAUCAAUAUUAGCACGAGCGGUUAAACAACUACUUUGCCCCCUUGUAAAA